AUGAGCGCUGGGCCCCUCAGGAGGUGGUGCUCGAAACAAGACCGGGGGAUCGUUGCGGUGGCCGCAGCUAUGGAUGCUGGGCCUGCGGGGACGCCAAGGGACCUCCGGGGACAGCCAAGGAGGGUGCGAGAGACAGCAGCCUGGACUGACCCUCGACGCUGAGCUUCGGUGGGGGAACCUCUGGCGCCGCGGGGGUCCGUGAGCGGAAGCGCAGCGCACUUAAGGAGUUGGGCAGCGGCUGGCGACUCCUAGGGUCCCGCCUCGCUGCCCGAGGGUCAGGAGGGCCACAAGCACACGUCCGGAGUGCUGAGGCCGCCAUACUUCAUUGGAGGCCACCUGGUGACCAGCGCCGCCUCGGUCGAGCCCCGGGGUGGCCCUGGAUGGCUGAGCUGCCCUGUCACCGGCCGCCCGGGCGCCGCAGCGGCUGAGGUCGCUGGGAUCGCCGGGCCGCCGCCGCCCUCACCGCCCCCUGCAUGCCUGGCGCCCGUGUCGCAGCCCACUUGGACUCUCUGGGCCCCCUGGUCUCCUACGUGCAGCCUCCGCUGCUGCCCUCUAUGUUCUACGUGGGCCUGUUCUUCGUCAAUGUGCUGAUUCUGUACUACGCCUUCCUCAUGGAGUACAUCGUCCUCAAUGUGGGCCUAGUCUUUCUGCCCGAGGACUUGGACCAGGCGCUUGUGGACCUUGGCGUUCUCUCCGACCCCGGCUCUGGCCUCUAUGAUGCCGAUUCAGAGCUUGACGUCUUCGAUGGGUACUUGGAGUAGGGUUUUAACUGCUCUGUCCCCUUCCCUUCCACGAUCCGUAACCCUUGGCCUGGACCAGCUGCCCAGAUCAUGCCCCCCCUCCUGGUUGGAGGUGCCGUCCGGACGGAGAUGGGAACCCAGGACAAGACCCUCCCCGGCCUCCAAGGCCUGCUUGCUCCCCUCCAAAGCUUCGUGCCAACAGAGAGGUCCCCGUCUGAACCCGGGAGAGCGGAAAGAGAGAUUGGGACUGAGUGCCCAGGCUGAGAAAGCCCCGGUCCCCACACAGGAGGGAAGACUUCUCCAGUCGCUCAGAAGGCCUGACCCUGGUCUGGGUGUGUGACCUCACGCUAUCAGGAUGGAUGUUUAUAGGAGCCUGGCCCAAAGCUGCCACCCUGCACUUCACUCCCCAUGGCACCUGCUUCCCCGACUUCACCUCUGGAGAAAACACUGCAAAAUGAAGCUGUGGCUGCACCUGAAGGCGACACCUAGGUCCUUCCUCUGCCAGUUGAGCCUUAAGCCCAGCUGGGUUCAUAGCCCAAGUCUGGUCUCGGUGAUUGCUUUGGGGGUGACUCAGAAAAAAAAAAGCAGCUGAAGAAAUGUGGAGGCUGAGGGUAGGACUUUGACAUAGGCAUUUCAAGUUGCUUGCUCUUCAUCAGGUUGGCAGGACUGAGACCUCAUGCUGGGGGAGUGCUUUGCCACUCCUCUGGCUAGAAAUAUAUUUUUGAAAAUGUGAGCAGUGUGAAUACUUGAUUUCGAUAAACCUGUAAAAGCAAUACUUAGGCUGACUUAUUUCAAUUAAAAAAUGUAUGCAACUCCA